AUGACCACAAACAUCGCUAAAUUGCUCAACUCGGAGUUGACAGAUGAACGGAUGUAUCCCGUGUCGUACAUAUUCAAUUCAAUUGCUAGAAAAUAUGGUGAAAAUUUCAGGAAGCGGCAUGCAUUUGUCGACAAUUCAAAUAACAAAUUUGUGUCUUGUGCGGAAAAUAUCCUAAGGGAUAAUAAGAGUGUGAGCGAUUCCUUGUAUGUGACUAAUGCAUACGGAGAUCUCAACCAAUUCACCAUGUUCGAUAAUGGUGUUACUGUUAAGGUCAAGCUCUUGGAGAGGAGUUGUUCUUGUAGGAAAUAUGUCUUGGUGAAACUGUCGUGCGAACAUGCGAUGGCCACUUUGAGAGCAAAGUACGGUGAUGGCGAAGGUUAUGGUAACUCCAUAUAUGAGUACUUUUCGUCUAUUUAUAAAGUUGAAACUUACCUCCUUGAAUACUCCAAAGCUAUUAACGUUGUUCCUCUAGAGUCCAAAUGGACUGUGCCACAGGAAUUGCAAGACACAAAGAUUGUUCCACCCCCUACGAUCCCAAACUCAAAAUGA